CUUGCCAUCUCAGAAGCUGCAGGAUGUGAAAGAAAUGAUUGUGUUUGUGGCUAAUUUAGGAUUGGAUUGGGUGAAAUGGGAAGUCAAUGAUUAACUUUGAAUUAUGGGCCGUUUAUAAGAAAGUUGCAGUGCGGCUGGGGUCUGCCUGAGGCACAGUCACACUGACCAGAAUCUGAAGCAAUGGUUCUGAUGGGAUUUCUGCACAUCAAAGAAUUCAGCCAGAUUGUUGUUCUGUUGUCUACUCUCAGCACUCUGUCUGCAGCCAAGGUGGUGACAGUGCCGGAGAAUUAUGUUGGUGAAUUUCCUUGGUACCUGACGAGGAUUGAUACAGGUGCUGUUGGCGAAUUCAGACUCACACUAAUUGAUGAUUACAAUGGAACCUUCGGGAUUGAAAACCAAGAUUUGCUUUUCACUCUCAAGUCUUUUGAUCGGGAAGAGCGUUCCACGUAUGAGCUGGAGGUGAAUGUUACAGAUGCUGAGGGGAGACAACUUGAUGACCUCGUUUCCAUUACAAUCAUUGUCAUUGAUAGGAAUGACAAUGGUCCAGAGUUUGAACAGGAGAUAUUUUUAGCAAGUGUCCACCAGGGAGCCCAUGCAGGAUACCGAGUCCUGGCCACUCCGGCCACUGACCUGGAUGACCCCUUGCUGCCCAGCAGUGACCUGCGCUACAAAAUCCUUCAACAGGUUCCAGCACAGCCGUCUGAUCAAAUGUUCGAGAUUGAUCACCAGAAUGGUGACAUUUUACUGACUACAAAAGGUGCUGAAUUGCUGGACCCAGGCUUGGUUGACCAGUAUGUCCUGACUGUGCAAGUUAAAGAUAUGGGUGAUCGAAAUGAGGGCCACUACACACACGUGGAAGUCAUAAUCACCGUUACAGAAAACCUCUGGGUUCCUCUUAAUUCUGUCUUGGUGGAGGAGAACCAUGAAGGGCCAUAUCCCUUGGCUAUCUCAAAGGUUCAAUGGAACAACGAUCGAGUGACUUACCGGCUGGAGGCCAGGCUGCCACACCCUGAGGGUCCUUUCAGCAUCGAUGGAGAAGGCCGCAUCUACUUAACCCGACCUUUGGAUCGAGAGCAAGAAGAAGAGUACGUACUGCUCGUAUCUGCAGUGGAUUCUGACGGAGAUCUUUAUGAUGAACCGCUGGAGUUGAGAGUGAAAAUAACAGAUGAGAAUGACAACAUACCCAUGUGUUCUCCUGAAAGUUACCAGGCAACAGUCCAAGAACAAGAGGUCAAAGGUACACAUGUUGUUACCCUGACAGCAGCUGAUCAGGAUGACCCCAGGACUGAGAAUGCACAUCUUUCCUUCCGCCUCUGUGGUCAGGAACCUCAGGGGCCUGACGAGCAGCUAUUCACAGUCAAUGCCGAGGGGAUCAUCACACUGGCCAAAGACAUGACCGGCUACAGUUCAAUGCAGUACCAGCUGGAGAUCGAGGUAGCUGAUCUUGCAGGACAAGAAGGAGGAUUGUCAAGUAUCUGCACAGUCACUGUUGAUGUCGAGGAAUUGAAUGACAAUGCUCCAAUAUUCCUGCAGAAACAGUAUGGUCCAAUCAGCAUAGCUGAGAAUACUGCCGUUGGACAUCCUGUAACCACAAUCAAUGUGACAGAUGCAGAUUACUCCUUGACGGACAGCUGGUUUGUUAUCUACACAAUUGAAUCUGGGAAUGAAGAGCAAAUAUUUGGAAUUCACCAAGAGGAACAAAGCAAUGUUGGGAUCCUUUUCCUACACAAGGCUCUGGACUACGAGACAGUGAGUGAGUACAGGCUGGUCAUCUCUGCCAGGAAUGAGGCUGAGCUGGUUGGGUCUGAGUACGGCCCAAGCUCCACAAUGACCGUCUCCAUCCUGGUGGAUGACAUCAAUGAAUCUCCAAUACUUUCUCAGAGUGAUUACGAGGCGACUGUUCCCAAGGAUGUCCUGCCCGGCAGUGUGUUACUGAGGGUGGAGGGGUAUGACCCUGACACAUCGUCUGCUCCUGUUAGAUUCCGCCUGGGAAAUGAUUCGAUCCAUUGGCUCUCAGUUGAUUCCGAAUCUGGGGAGGUGACUCUCCUGGGUGGAGACCCUGCAGGAGGCAGCCACCUGGUGGAGGUGGUGAUGGAAGAUGGAGUUGAUGCCUCCUUAUUCGUUACUGCACGCUUGGUGAUUCACAUUGAAGACCUCCAGGAACAACUGCCCGCCCCACUUCUGGAAUAUUCCGGAGAUUUCCUGUGCACACCGCGGAGAGAUGGGCAGUCAAUCACCAUCACUGCCUUGUACCGCCAUGGGAGAGGAAACAGGCAGCCCCUCAGCUUCUCCGUUGAUGGCAAACCAAUGGAAAAAAGGAACUGGAAGAUCGAUCAAAUUAAUGACACACAUGCCUCUCUGGCUAUUGCACUGAGCUGGGUGGAUCCAGGAUUAUACCGGAUUCCAAUUGUUCUCAGUGUGAAAGAGGAACCCAGCCAGCGGCACAGCGAUAUUUUACCAGUCAAUGUUUGCACUUGCGGUUCCAGUGGAGAUUGCAGGAUAGAAGUUGGGCCUAUUCCGGGUAAACCCACUAUCUUGAUGACUGUGGCCACGAUUGCUGGCACAUUUGGAGUGAUAGGUAUUUUCCUGAUCAUUAUCUUAGUGCACCUGUCCAUUAAUGGAAAGCAGCGAAAGAAGAGGAAACAGAAUGCCAGCAUCGAAUCUGCUCCUUUACGCUCCUCAGCAUAACGUGGACUAGCUCAACAUACCCACCAACCAAUCGGAUUUUUUCAUUUCAAUAUCUUAUUGAAUAUGGGGGACAGCAAUCAGAAUAUAUACUAGGAUCAAAAUGUAAACUGGAUUUCUUCUAUAUCAUUUAUCACUGGAACAUUUGAUGAUGUAUUGUUCACCAUUGAGUUUAUCAUGAUUGUAACAAGGGUUAACACAAUGUAGCAUACAGAGGGUUUGUUUAAUCUUCUUGUUAUUGGGAAUAGCUAGGAGAUUUAGUGCUUCUUAAAGCCUGAUUUUGACCUGACUAGCUUUACACUCCAAUAACUUUCAUACAGAGUAAAAUUGGACAGGGUAUAAACCAACCAGUCAGGGUGCAGCUCUCCUGAGGUUACCCCGAUGCUCUGUCUGGUAACCAGGGCUGUACAUAUUGCGCAGGCUACAUGGGUCCCACAGAAUUGAUGCAGUCAAGAAGACACCAUGAACACCACCUUAGAAAACUAACAGGCAGGGAAAGACUGGCUCACCGAGACUGUCCCCCCUACCCCAUGAUGGCUGGAGCAUUGGACUGGACACCUCCUACACCCCACUCCCAUCUGGCCCCUCAGGAGAGGCAAAAACAACCCAGAGAGAAAACCCCAGGACCCACAAAGGAAAAAAAUACUUUGGAGACUCAAUGUCCAAAUACGAUCAGACUCGAACAAAAUCGGUGUGAGACACAAUAAAUCACAGCCUGUCCAGCUCAUCCACAAUGACCUGAUCAUAACUGUUCAGCAUAGGGAUGAUACAAAGAUGUGUGAGCCUGUAUCUUCCCAGUCUCCAAGUUUAUCUAAAUAAUCCAUAUCAUCCUUUGUGGCUCCUGAUCUCCUUUUCUCCAAGAAAAUCUCUCACUGUGUUCUCUAUAAUGGGCAUGGGGUUCUUAUAUAGUGUAUGAUAUAUAAUGGAUGGGGAUGAUAUAUUCAUAGUAUUUUGGGAGAAUGAUAUAUAAUGGGUAUGGUAUAUUAGAGUUGACAUACAAUGGGUAUGACAAAAUUAGGAAUGAUAUAUUAUGGGUGUGGUGUAUUUGGGAGUGGUAUAUUUGACAGUUAUAUAUUAUGAGUGUGGUAUAUUAGGAGUGAUAUGUGGCCCAUUGGUCAAUGACUGAAUGGAUGAGGGCUCUUUUCUCUAGAAAAGAGUAGGCUGAAGGGUGACCUGAUAGAAAUCUUUAAAAUUACAAAGCGGUUUGAUCAGAUAGAUGUAGAUGUGUUUCCAUGUAGAGGUGAGGGAGACGAAAACCAGGGUCAAAUCCAAUCGGGAAUUUGGUAGAAUUUACCCAGACAGCGGUGAGAUGAAGUAGAGUGUGAGGAAGUUCAUAGGGAGCAGAACUGCCUAUAUGGAGCAGUUAGGCCAAAUGGCCUGUGCAGUAAAUCCUACGUAAUGAUAUGUGCGUUGUAAUGGGAGUGGGGCCUAUUUUGCAGGUGGUAUAUUAUGUGUACAGUACAUUAUGUAAAUGAAUUAUGCAUAUUGUAUAUUGGAUGUGGUGUAUUGCAAGUUUAGCCUAUUAUUGACGCCAUACAUUAUGCAUGUGUUAUGUUAGCUAUGUGGAGUAUUAUGUCAUGGUAUACCAUCCCCACUGUAUAUUUGGUGUGUGGUAUGUUAUGGUGUAUGUGGCUGUAAUAUGCCUGAUGUGCAGAGCAUAAUGAUUACGUGGGGUGCUGAUUGUGUGGGAUAUUGUCUGUUGAUUUCUCUCCUUUGCAGUUCUUACCCUGAUUUUCUCCUUCUCCUUCACUCUGAUGCGAUUCUGAGGAGGGAACUCACUCAAUGAAAGGCUGGAGUGAAAGCUCAAGUGAGGAAAUUUAAUUAAAAACCUGAGCAAUCAAUUUCUAACAGUGCUUGAAGGUGUGCAUAGAUUCAUUUAUCUCUCUGCGUGAUGGAAACGCAAAUUGUAUUUGUGCCGGAGGUUUCAUUAAUUAAGAUCUAUCAAUGUUGCUAUUUGUAUGAAAUGUAAAAGUGUAUUAUUUUCUCAAUGGUAGAGUACCCAUUAAAACAUGCUGUGGAAUUGAA